AUGAGUUCCUGGGAGAGCUUCGACCUCACCUUCCAGUUCAAUCGGGAUCUAAGCUACGACAAAAAGCUCAUUGAUCGGAUCAAUGGCUACCGUCGCUCACUGGAAAAUCAGCUGUUUAUCGACCGACUGCUAAGGCUGAUGGGCGUCCAAGCAGUUCACGAGAUAUAUCCCCCCAAGUCCAACCAGGAUCUCCGAGAACUCCACAGGCAAAUUCUCCGCUCUUCAUUUCCCAACCACCAAAAACAAGCAGUGAUCUAUUAUCUUCUCCAAGAUUGCCGCGGAUCCAACGAGGCCAUUAAUCAGUUCGUCAGGCGAUGUUCUCUUCCUGAAAAGUACCAGCUGUUCAUCAGUGGUCUGUGGCAUUUAGACCGACUUGAAUUCCGGCUGGCCCUCGAGUUUCUUACCGAACCCUCACUUAUUCCCACAUUCCCUGAUGAGAUUCUCUACGUCUUGACGCUUGAAAAACUACCAAGGCAUGAUGAUUCGCUCGCGAUAGCUUAUUAUAUAACCGUCUCUCCACCGCUCGAAUCAGAAACGGUCCAGCAGUCAUAUUUUGAGACACUCUGUCGAGCGAGCAUUACCGAGUCAUUUUACUUUUCUCGACGGUAUGACGAUGACCGUCGACGGCGAUUCCUCGAACAACUCAUCUUUUUCGUCCACAAAACAACGCCUGGGAACACGAGGGGCGAGCGUGCCAUCGAACUGAUCAACUUGCCAUUCGAUGAGCAGGAGGAAACAUGGUUCGAGGACUAUCUACUUAACGGGAAGGUUGCGACGCUUUCGGGAGCGAAAGACACGGUGUUGAUGCGGCGACUGGCGACCGGCAAAACGCGAGAUCUUCCAGCUAGCGUAAAGUCGCUAGGAGGGCGCAAGAUCGAUGGUAUUAAUUGGGAUGAUCUUCGACAGACGUUUGAUCGAAGCGAUACCCUUUAG